AAACCAUGCCUUGGAUUUGGAUAGUUUGUUCCAUACCCCUAGUAAUGGGAUCUUAUUUCGAUUUUAUUGUGGAUAAUGAUGAAAUUUUCGAAAAGUGUCCAGAUCGACCAGAGGCAAUGGGAAUUCAUGAUAUUGUUGAUUUUUCGGAAUUUAUAAUUGAAUUCAAAGAGGGUUAUGUUAGCGGCAGGGGCCAAAUGACAAUGCAUUGGAAGGGUGUGGAAGCCACGGAUCGUGUUGAUGGUUACUCUGCGCUCUUCAAAUUUCAACGUGGCACUUGGCAGCCAACAACCGUACUGGUACAUGAAUUUAACUUCUGUAAGCGACAAUUUGAUGCCACCACAAUAUGGUAUAAUGUCUGGAGUCGUCACAUACGCCGGGAGGACCAAAAAUGCAUAAAUAAUUAUGGACAUGUCUACCAUUACGAACCAUUUGAUGUGGAGACUGUCAGCUAUUUUCCCACCAACAUGGAGGGGCGUCAUAAAAUCGUCAUCCACCUGGAUGCCUAUGACAAGUUAAAUGUUCGACGUUCCAAUGCUGAAGUGUGUUUUCAAAUUUCUGGUGAAUUUAUUAAAGUGAAAUGA